AACAUCUAAAACAUGCAGGGCAGGUAGGACCAGGGUUGAGAACCACUACACGCUUUCUCGGCAGAACGCAUGUAAACAUUGCUGACGUAGGCACGUUCUUCUUAAACGUGGCGGCGCCGACACCGGAAUACGAGCAAGUUUAGUUAGCGAACAAAGUCGAAGUAACAGUUAUAGUUAGCUACCCCCUUUACUAACUUUGUCAGUGCAAGGGCCAAAACAAGAUGGUUAAACUAUAUUACACAUGACAUAACCCAUGGCCUUAUAGAUUUCUUUCGCAAGAUCACAUGACUGCGAUCAUGCAGACUUGCAAGUUUAAUGGACUUUUUGAUGUAGGCGAGGACUUCGAUGAUGAGGAUCUACUUGAGGCAGACUGGUCUGUUCCUUCCGUUUCUGCUCCUGCCAACGCGGCUUCAGAAUCUUCUGACACUACGCAUCCUGACGACCGCAAAGCCACCUGUCAGUUACAGACUGAAGGCUCACUUUCCCUGAGGAACCUGCAGACAGGACAGGGUUCUGUGGCUUUAAGACAGCUUUCUACACCUGGGUCAAAGCAAACAGAUAAAGAUAAAUCUGCAGAUUCUGUACCAUGCCAGGGUCAAUCUCAGCCAAAUCACCUGGGGAAAGGAGUGUCUCCCUGGCCUCAGGAUGAAUUUGAUGAUUGGGAUCUCGACCUGGCAGAACUAGAUGAAACUGAUCCACAGUUGGGUCACGAAGCCCAAGUCAAACAAGUGUUCACAGCCCCAGCAUCAGCAAUAGCCAGAGAUAAGACUGUCUCCUCAGCCAAAAGGCUGUGUCCCUCAGCCUGUGGUGGGGCUCAAACUCUGCCCAGUGUGGGGCUCAGAGGAUUUAGUACCUCAAACCAAACAUUUGGCCUACCUAAUAGUAAUCCACCCCUCGGGUUCUCCACCCCUGUCCCUUCCCUCUCCUCUGGUCGUCCUGUCUGCACAGCUCCAGCCCAGAGCCCUGGUGUGGUCCCUGGGGCUCCCCCCUUCUCCAGUCACUUCCCCAGGGCUGUGACCCCUAGACCACCCCGAGGACUACAGCAGCUACACCGACCCACAGCCUCCCCUGCUGCUCACGGGCAGAGCCUGUUUGACGCCAUAUCCCCUGCCCCCUCCGUGAGGUGCGGUGGACCCAUGCCCUCCCCCCGCUCGCUGCACACCCCAGUCCUCACCAACCACCUGGUCCAGCUGGUGUCGGCCUCCAACAGAAGCCCCAGGAGGCCUCGCUCUGACCACGCCCGGCCCAAGACCCGCCGCUUCCCUGGCCCCGCCGGCCUCCUGCCCCAGCAGCCGCAAGGCCACAGUCUGGAUGACAUUGUAGUGGCCCUCCCCCAGACUCCUGCUCAUGGUGCUGUGGCCAGACUGCCCUGCCAGGUUCCCAGCUCGCAGUGCGAGGAAGAGGACUGCACCGGAGGCCCCUGGGCGGCAAUGAAGGCCGAGAUGGGAUUGGAUGAAAGGAACCCGUCCUGUUUCCUCCACUCCUACAGUGUUGUCAUGGUGCUACGCAAGGCUGCACUGAAACAGCUGGCCCAGAACAAGGUCCCUAACAUGGCUGUAGUACUGAAGAGCAUCAUCCACACACACACUGAUGCCAAGGCAGUGUUCAGGGACCCCACAGGGGAGAUCCAGGGCACCGUGCAUAGGCGUCUUCUGGAGGACAGGCUGGGGGAGCUGAGGGCGGGAGCCGUGCUGCUUCUCAAACAGGUGGGCGUGUUCUCGCCCUCUCAUCGUAACCACUACCUCAACGUCACGCCCAAUAAUCUGCUGAGGAUCUACCCACCUGACGGCGUGGCCGUGGGCUCCGCAUGCCGCCCGCCACUGCUUCUGGAGCCCGUUUUGCUGUUGUCCGGUGGGUCCUCCACCUUCCCAGAAGCCCCUGUGUCUCAGAUGGAGCUGCACUUUGAUGAGGAGGAAGAUGGAGCCUCCAGAUCAGGUUCUAACAGGGUUUCUGACGUGGUUUCCCAGGAGGCUGUUGGAGCUGCACUACAAGACCCAGACCAGGCAUGGGGUGCAGAUGAUGACCUGGAUGAUCUUCUAGUGGAGUUGCCUGUGGAAUCCUACAGCCUUUGACUUCAGCCGUACCCUCAUCCCAAAGAAACACCAUUCUUAUGCCCCUUCUCACAAUGAUCACAUGUUCUGGACAAAAACAUCUCUUCCUAUCAUAGAGCACCAUUUCCAAUACUUUCUUUUCUAACCCUAGCCCUUCAAUGCAUUUGUGUUGUACAGAAAUUAAUCGAGAAUCAGUGUUUAGUUUGUCAAAAUAUACAAAUGUGUGUGUUUAUAUAUAUGUAACCAUUUCAAUAGGUACUGUAUAUAAUCAGUAAAAGUAUACAGUUGGUUAAAAAAUUGAAUCUUUUUAUAAAGCUCUCCACUUAU